AGGGGGCUCCAGCUGGUGGACACGCAGCUGACAGCGCAACGAUUUUCUUAACACAGCAGCUGGAAUAAUUACAAUACGUUCAUUUUUAUUUUUUGCUAUAUUCUGACUGGAUAUCAAUAAUUUCCUUUUAUAUAUCUAAUAUGGCAGACAGCCAGGUGGAAAGCAGCGGAGAACUGAGCACCAAGGAGCUGAAGGAGAAGAAACAGACUGAAGAGACAGAGAAUGGAGAAGACUCUGCUGCCAAUGGCAAAAAUGACAAGGAAAAUGGUGAGGAAGACAAUGAGGUAGAGGAGGAUGAGGAGGAUGUGGGCGACGAAGAGGAGGAGGAUAGAGAAGGUGACGAGGAGGAUGAUGAAGAAGAUGACAUUGAUGGACCGAGGGUGAAGAGGGCAGCUGAUGACGAUGAUGAUGACGAGGAUGAGGUUGAAAGCAAGAAGCAGAAGACAGAUCAGUAGUGUCUGCAGCGCCCACUCUGCACGGAGGACGACACUAUUGAAAGACAGCCAGCAAACCUUCUACACCUCAGUCCUCCUUUCGUAACAAAAAUGUGUUUAAAAAGAAAAUUUGUUUGUAUUUUUAUUUACAUUUUAUAUUUUUGUAAAUAUUGUAAGGAGUUUGGCCAUUUUGCAAAAGUGAUCUGGGUAUACAGUGGUGCUCUGAAGACUUUUAGAUCAACAUCAACCAUCCAUACUCUGUCUCAACCACCAGCCUGUCAUUCCAACAGUACACACACACGUACUACAACUACCUUUUUUCUGUUUUUCUAAGACGUAUAGGAUGCUAGAAGUUGUGUGUUGACCUGUAGUUGCAUGGGAGUGUUAAAAUAACUCAGCUCUUUUCCCAGUGCUGGGGAUAUAUUAGUGGUAGUUUCUAUGAGAUUCCAAAGUCGUAGUUUCUCUUGUCCAUGUGUCUCUAUCUGUGUGUCUGUCAUGGCCAGAUUAUAAUUUUUUUAAAUGUCUGUGCAAUUUGGUUGAAUAAUAAAUUCAUUUGAUUUUGUUUUUA